AUGGUCGGCACAAACCCUUGGAGAUUAUACUUCGACGGGUCAAGUCACAAAAAUGGAACAUGCAUUGGGAUAUUAAUAUUAUCCCCACAAGAUAUUUUGACGAAGUUUAAAUGUGAAGUCGACGGAAAAUGUUCCAAUAAUGAAGCAGAAUAUGAAGCCCUAAUCAUUAGCCUCAAAAUCUUGAGGGAUUUAGGAGCCAAGAAGGUCGAGAUAAUGGGUGAUUCAGAGCUAGUGAUCAAAGAAACCACACGAGAAUAUAAGUGCAUUAAAGAAAAUCUGCUGAUGUAUUUCGCAAUGGUGAAACACCUAUUAAAGUGCUUCAAGGUUGUUAGCAUCACAGACGUUCCUAGAUUAGAGAAUCAAGAAGCUAACAAUUUAGCAUAA